CAACAUUGCUAAAAAUGAAUAGUGUAGCUACGUAUGAAAAUCUUAGUAAUGGGUUUUCUGGUCAAUCUGACUUUUCUGCAACCAUUGGUUCAGCUUGUUCUUCUGAAGAAAUUCUCUACAGGGUGUUCUCGGAUAACAUGUUUCGGGAGGAUGAUGAUUCCAAGAAAACAGUCAAAUUUGGCGAUGUAAUUGUAGAAGAUGAAGCUCCACUUUAUGAGGUUGACUCGCCCAACGACAACAAGGGAAACUUACUACUUUCUAUGUUCGCCCACACACAUGAAAAGGAUUCAAAAGCCUUCAACUUACAGAGUAACGGAAGCGCCACCGAAGAAGAAGAGGAGCCCUUGGAAACCAAGGAUAAUUGCAAAUGGUAUUCAGACUAUCCCAAAGUGGACAAUAACGCCAACUCAGAAGAUAAUGGGAAUUUGACAACGGAUGGCUCUCAAGCAAACCUUUGUAAUGACAAAUUGCGGACUUUACGUGAGAAACCAUUACGCAGUAACACAGAGAGACUCGAGACUAAAAACUCACCGAUUCACAUUCCUAAAGACACUUUUACCUCUAUUGAAAUGGAUAAAACUGUCUCAAAACCUUUGGAGAGCUCAUCACCUAAAACUCCCCGGAGCAGGAGAAAAGCGCCUAGGCAGAAAGCAAUUCUCAAGGAGCAGAAUGAGAAAUUGAUUGAACAAACGAUGGCACUCAGCAGUUGUAUAACAGUACAGCAGCAGACUAUAAACAAUUAUGAAACACUAGUGCUUGACAUUCAAAGAGACUUCGAUAAAGUGAAGGCGAAAUAUGAAGCCUGCUUGCAAGAAAAUAUCAUCUCGGGACAAAACUUGGAGGCUGCCACUGAAGCAUUUGAAAGCACUAAGUUUCAGUUAGAUGCAUUGUCAAAAAUUAAAGAGCUUGGCAUUUCCGACGAUAGCUAUGCACCUAAAUUUGGGAAUUUUUCUGCGUAUUCGGAACAAAACUAUGAAAUCAUGAGAAAUCUCAUCUAUGAGCUACAACAUAAAAACACCUGCUUGGAAGAAGUGUGUUCGCUUUUGAGCAAAAAGAUGAACAGCAUGUAUAGAUAUACAAUUGCGCCGGCACUACAUCUCGCCAGUUCAGACAUUGAGUCCACCAACGAAACAUUGAGCUUUGAUUCCAAAAACUCAAUCCAGGAGUACAUGGAUGCCAGCUAUUCUAUUUUCGAAAACAUUCAAAAACUAACCAGGGUUGGUGAAAGUGGAGAAGACUACGAGAACGAGAAGGUUCGGGCCAUUAAUGACAUAGAAGCCUACUUUGACCACUUGAACUCCUUGGUUGUUGACAAGCUUGAAGACCUUGUCAGGCGAAAGCCUCAAUAACGGGAAAUAGUGUAUAAAGUGUUGUUAGUUUGUAAAAGAUUUUUGUAGGAAAGGUCAAAAUCGGUAUACG